AUGGAAGGAGAUCAGACUGAAGUGGAAAUACAGAAGCCAAGAUGUGAUGUGCUAUACAUCUUCUUGACAAGGACAGUGUGUGCAGAACAGUGUGAUGGCAGGUGCUAUGGGCCCUAUGUCAGUGACUGUUGUCAUAGAGAAUGUGCUGGGGGCUGCUCAGGACCGAAGGACACAGACUGCUUUGCCUGCAUGAAUUUCAAUGACAGCGGAGCAUGUGUUACUCAGUGUCCCCAGACUUUUGUCUACAAUCCGACCACCUUUCAACUGGAGCAUAACUUCAAUGCAAAGUAUACAUAUGGAGCAUUUUGUGUCAAGAAAUGCCCACAUAACUUUGUGGUGGAUUCCAGUUCUUGUGUGCGUGCCUGCCCUAGUUCCAAGAUGGAAGUAGAAGAAAAUGGGAUUAAAAUGUGUAAACCUUGCACGGAUAUUUGCCCAAAAGCUUGUGACGGUAUUGGCACAGGAUCACUGAUGUCAGCUCAGACCGUGGAUUCCAGUAACAUUGACAAAUUCAUAAACUGCACCAAAAUCAAUGGGAAUUUGAUCUUCCUUGUCACCGGUAUUCAUGGGGACCCUUACAAUGCAAUUGAAGCCAUAGACCCAGAGAAACUGAAUGUCUUCCGGACAGUUAGAGAGAUAACAGGUUUCUUGAACAUACAGUCAUGGCCCCCAAACAUGACCGACUUCAGUGUUUUUUCUAACCUGGUGACCAUCGGUGGAAGAGUACUCUAUAGUGGCCUCUCCUUGCUUAUCCUUAAGCAACAGGGCAUCACUUCUCUACAAUUCCAAUCUCUGAAGGAAAUCAGUGCAGGAAACAUCUAUAUUACUGACAACAGCAACCUCUGUUAUUAUCAUACCAUUAAUUGGACAACACUGUUCAGCACUAUCAACCAAAGAAUAGUGAUCCGGGACAAUAGGAAAGCUGAAAACUGUACUGCUGAAGGAAUGGUGUGCAACCACCUGUGUUCAAGCAAUGGCUGUUGGGGACCGGGCCCAGAACAGUGCUUGUCCUGCCGUCGCUUUAGCAGAGGAAGGAGCUGCAUCGAGUCUUGCAACCUCUAUGAUGGUGAAUUUCGAGAGUUUGAGAAUGGCUCCAUCUGUGUGGAGUGUGACCCCCAGUGUGAGAAGAUGGAAGAUGGCAUCCUCACCUGCCAUGGACCGGGACCUGACAACUGCACAAAGUGCUCCCAUUUUAAGGAUGGCCCGAACUGUGUGGAAAAAUGUCCAGACGGCUUACAGGGGGCAAACAGUUUCAUUUUCAAGUACGCUGAUCAGGAUCGGGAGUGCCACCCAUGCCAUCCAAACUGCACCCAAGGGUGCAUAGGCUCAAGUAUUGAAGACUGCAUCGGCCUGAUGGAUAGGUGUAGCGGUCCCGCUAGUCAUGACUGCAUUUAUUAUCCUUGGACGGGCCAUUCCACUUUACCACAACAUGCUAGAACUCCCCUAAUUGCAGCGGGAGUCAUCGGCGGGCUCUUCAUCCUGGUCAUCAUGGGUCUAACAUUUGCAGUUUAUGUUAGAAGGAAGAGCAUCAAAAAGAAAAGAGCCUUAAGAAGAUUUCUGGAAACAGAGUUGGUAGAACCCUUAACUCCCAGUGGUACGGCACCCAAUCAAGCUCAACUUCGUAUUUUGAAAGAAACUGAGCUCAAAAGAGUGAAAGUACUUGGCUCAGGUGCUUUUGGAACAGUUUAUAAGGGUAUUUGGGUACCUGAAGGAGAAACAGUAAAGAUUCCUGUGGCUAUUAAGAUUCUUAAUGAAACAACUGGUCCCAAAGCCAAUGUGGAGUUCAUGGAUGAAGCUUUGAUCAUGGCAAGUAUGGACCAUCCACACUUAGUCCGGUUAUUGGGUGUGUGUCUGAGCCCAACCAUUCAGCUGGUUACACAGCUUAUGCCCCAUGGCUGCCUGUUGGAUUAUGUCCAUGAACACAAGGAUAACAUUGGAUCCCAGCUUCUGCUUAACUGGUGUGUCCAGAUAGCUAAGGGAAUGAUGUACUUGGAAGAAAGACGGCUUGUUCAUCGGGAUUUGGCAGCCCGAAAUGUCUUAGUGAAAUCUCCAAACCAUGUGAAAAUCACAGAUUUUGGACUAGCCAGACUCUUAGAAGGAGAUGAAAAGGAGUAUAAUGCUGAUGGAGGGAAGAUGCCAAUUAAAUGGAUGGCUCUGGAGUGUAUACACUACAGGAAAUUCACCCAUCAGAGUGAUGUUUGGAGCUAUGGAGUCACUAUAUGGGAACUGAUGACCUUUGGAGGAAAACCCUAUGAUGGAAUUCCAACCCGAGAAAUCCCGGAUUUAUUAGAGAAAGGAGAACGUUUGCCCCAGCCUCCGAUCUGCACUAUUGAUGUUUACAUGGUCAUGGUCAAAUGUUGGAUGAUUGAUGCUGACAGUAGGCCUAAAUUUAAGGAACUGGCUGCUGAAUUUUCAAGGAUGGCUCGAGACCCUCAAAGAUAUCUAGUUAUUCAGGGUGAUGAUCGCAUGAAGCUUCCCAGUCCAAAUGACAGCAAGUUCUUUCAGAAUCUCUUGGAUGAAGAGGAUUUGGAAGAUAUGAUGGAUGCUGAGGAAUACCUGGUCCCUCAGGCUUUCAACAUCCCCCCGCCCAUCUAUACUUCCAGAGCGAGAAUUGACUCAAAUAGGAGUGAAAUUGGACACAGCCCACCUCCUGCCUACACCCCCAUGUCAGGAAACCAGUUUGUAUACCGAGAUGGGGGUCUAACUACAGAGCAAGGAGUGCCUGUGCCCUACAGAGCCACGACCAGCACGAUCCCAGAAGCUCCAGUUGCUCAGGGGGCCACAGCCGAGAUUUUUGAUGACUCCUGUUGUAACGGCACCCUACGCAAGCCAGUGGCACCCCACGUCCAGGAGGAGAGCAGUACCCAGAGGUACAGCGCUGACCCCACCGUGUUUGCCCCGGAACGGAGCCCACGAGGAGAGCUGGACGAAGAAGGUUACAUGACCCCGAUGCGAGAUAAACCUAAACAAG